AUGUGCAAGUGCAAGGAAGUGUGCGUGUGGUUAGUGAGUGGGCAGAGUUGGCCUGAGGAGGAGGAGAAGUGGGCUAAUUUAUUCGCUCAUUCACUUGGCAAGCACUGGCGAAAAUGGCCUUGUGUCGGAACUGUCACACAUCUCCCCUCCACUCUGACACUUUCGCACUCAUGCGUCAAGUUGGGUGAGAUGGCAGCCGAGGCGAGAGAGGAGGCCACAUCGGCGGCUGCCAAACGUCAAGUGUCAUGA